AUGUCCUUAGCAGAAGGUGCCUCUGACUCAGAACACAGACAGGAAGACGAGAAAAUCGAGCAGAAAAAUUCAGACAAGGGUCGCGGAUCGAUGUCAGACCAAUACAUGUGGAAGGAACAGAUACACACGCUGAUGAAGGGAGAAAGUGAGUCCGAUAUUUCGGAUACCGAACACUUUCUCACCAAAGGCGCCUUCUUGCUAACACCCUCCCAUGGUCUCAGUAUGGAGAAGGCGUCAGCCAUUUGCGAGAAGAUGGAGUUUAAAGGAUGCUUCUCCCUAACAAAGACCGCUACGGGGAUUUUGUUCAAGUUCUCGAGCGUCGAUGAUUAUCAGAUGGUCUUCAAGAAGGGAUUCCAUAAGGUUACGGGGUCAAGGUUUUAUCGAAAGAUCGCAGUACCAUGUCGUCCUCAAAAGACGUUUACCAUCUAUGUGUAUGACAUUCCUGACGACAUCCCGGAGGAAGAUGUGAGGCACGCCCUUUACAAGUUCACCUCUGUAGUGGAGGUUGUGCGAUUGCAUUACGCAGGAUCGCCGAGGGAAGGAAAUACUGGCACUUCCACACCGAAACCCGAUAAAUCAUCACCUCGAUCCAUCACCACCAUAGACGGUGAAAUGGUCAGCAGCAUGGUACCCAAGGAAGCCUCUAGCGUAGUUCGCAUCACCCUGGCGAAUAUAGAGGAAGCUAACAUCCUCCUACAGAAUGGUUUGGACUUUUACGGAGCCACUUACUUCCCGACCGAGCUUGGCACUUCUGCGCAGGCUGCUAAGCUGGUCAAACCAAGCAGGGUGACUGGGGGAACAGUAUCAGCUCGAGUUCGGGAUCUCUUACCAGUUUUUGAUCAGCAAGGCUUCACCAAGUUCGCCCCACCAGCGUCAAGAUUGGUUAAGCCAAGAAACAAGUGA